GUAACUAUCGGUCAGUCUGAGCGGCGGCGACGGCAGGCAGCGCUGAGCUUUAGCGGAGGUUAGACAUUUGGAGAGGAGCAACCAGGAAUUACCUAAUCUAGUAGAGUAAAGAAGUUAAAGAAGAGUCUUCACUCAGGCCUGGCCUGAACCCUUCAUUCCACACCUCAGCCUCGCUGCAAACAUGAUUCUCAACAUGGAUCUCAGCACCUUUCUCCUGCUUCCAGUCCACCUGCUUGUAUGGUUGUACUCAGUCGUGAGCUUUCUACCAUGGUACUUCCUGACUGGAGCCCAGGAAAAGAAAGCCCUAGCCAAGCGAAUGAAAGCGAAGUCUAUCAAAGGUCAAGCAGAGGGACCCUAUCGCUCCUUAGAUCACUUUGACUCUCUGGCACGGGUGGAUUUCCCAGGAAAGGACACGCUGGACAAGUUGUUUGAUCAUGCUGUGCAACGCUUUGGCAAAGCGCAGUGCCUAGGAACACGAACUGUUCUGAGUGAAGAAAAUGAAACCCAACCAAGCGGAAAGGUCUUUAAAAAGCUGAUUCUAGGUGAUUACAAGUGGGUCACGUAUGAGGAGCUGGACAUUGAAGUGAAUUUGUUCGGCAGUGGCCUGGCAGCAGUGGGCCAGCAGCCAAAAAAUACCAUCGCCAUUUUCUGUGAGACACGGGCUGAGUGGAUGAUCACAGCUCAGUCUUGCUUCAGACGCAAUUUCCCAUUGGUCACAUUUUAUGCAACUCUUGGAGAAGAUGCUGUGGCCUUUGGACUGAAUGAGUGUGAGGUCACUCACUUGGUCACUAGUGUGGUGCUUCUGGAAACUAAGUUAAAGAGCAUACUUCCUCAAAUCCCCAAGCUGAGACAUAUCAUCUAUGUGGACAACAAGAGCAUCAGCACUGCAGGCUAUCCGGAGACCGUUCAAAUCCACAGCAUGCAGUAUAUAAAGGAGCUGGGAGCUAAACCUGAAAACUUGAAUAGGCAGAUUGUGAGACCCAUCCCGUCAGACCUUGCUGUCAUCAUGUACACCAGUGGCUCCACUGGCCGCCCAAAAGGGGUCAUCAUAAUUCACAGCAACCUCAUUUCUGGCAUGACAGGCCAAUGUGAGAGGAUCCCUGACUUGGGCCCCAAGGACACAUACAUUGCUUAUCUGCCCCUGGCUCAUGUGUUGGAGUUGACUGCUGAGAUCUCAUGUGUAACCUAUGGAUGCAAAAUUGGCUAUUCCUCCCCACAAACACUGUCCGAUCAGUCCACUAAAAUCAAAAAAGGCAGUAAGGGUGACUGCUCUGAGCUAAGGCCUACGCUGAUGGCAGCUGUACCAGAAAUCAUGGACCGCAUCAAUAAAAAUGUGAUGAGCAAAGUGCAGGAGAUGAACUGUGUGCAGAGGACCCUGUUUAAACUAGCUUAUGACUACAAGCUGGAGCAGAUCAAACAAGGCUAUGAUGCCCCUCUUUGCAACUUGCUGUUUAAGAAAGUGAGGGCUCUGCUGGGAGGAAAUGUACGAAUGAUGCUAUCAGGAGGGGCGCCUCUGUCACCUGCCACACAGCGUUUCAUGAACAUCUGUUUCUGCUGCCCUGUGGGCCAGGGCUAUGGCCUGACUGAGACCUGUGGAGCAGGCACCAUUACAGAAGUGGCAGACUACAGUACAGGACGAGUGGGAGCUCCCCUCAUCUGCUGUGAAGUCAAACUCAGAGACUGGGUAGAAGGUGGCUAUACAAAGCUGGACAAGCCUCAUCCUCGAGGUGAGAUCCUGAUUGGAGGUCCCAAUGUGGCUUUGGGCUACUACAGGAAUGAAAGCAGUAAUAGUGGUGAUUUCUUUUUGGAUGAGAAUGGGCAACGAUGGUUCUGCACUGGGGACGUAGGAGAGAUGCACCCUGAUGGCUGUCUCCAGAUUGUGGAUCGUAAGAAGGACCUGGUCAAACUGCAAGCUGGGGAAUAUGUAUCUUUGGGAAAAGUUGAGUCAGCCCUGAAGAACUGCGCCCUAAUUGACAACAUCUGUGCAUACGCAAACAGUGAUCAGAACUACGUGAUUAGCUUUGUGGUGCCAAACCAAAAGAAGCUGACUGCUCUGGCCAAUCAGAAGAGUAUUAAAGGCACAUGGGAAGAAAUCUGCACCCACCCUUUUAUGGAGGUGGAAGUUCUGAGGGAGAUUAAAGAAGUUGCCACUUCUAUUAAACUGCAGCGCUUCGAGAUCCCAGUGAAGGUACAUUUGAGUCCAGAGCCAUGGACCCCUGAAACUGGCCUGGUCACAGAUGCGUUUAAACUGAAAAGGAAGGAGCUGAAAAACCACUAUCUCCAUGACAUUGAGCGAAUGUAUGGCCGCAAAUAGAACCACAAUCGUAGCCAAAGAUGACAUUACCAUCACUCUAUUGCCGUAAAGCUAGUGCUGCACAUGUAUGUUUUGCUAUGACCUGACCACACCUCAUCGCUUAGUGUGGUGCGCGCACACUCGCACACGUGUUAAAAAACUAGUGUGCUGUUCUGUUUUAUAAAAUAUUCUGUUAAAAUACUGUGGAUAAUGUAAGCAGCUUUGUAUAGGUCUGUCCAGUCGGAGCUUUACAGUCUCUUUGCUGUGGAAUAGUUUACUGUCGAGUUUUAACUGUGUGACAUGAGACACUUGGCUAAGGGACAAGGUUCAUUCUUAAACAACAUGAAGUGUCCUAUUAUUUUUACCUGCUAGCAACAGAAACCUCCUGCCUUGCGAAAGGAUUUCAACCAUAUAACAGCAUUAAACUGCCAUCACCUUUAGCUAUUUGUAUUUUUGUAAACUAUGUGAACUGUUGCAUUCUCAACUUUGUAAUACAUUCAUUAGAAAUGAAUCUUUUUGAUGGCUUGGUUUGCUAGAAUUUGAAGGCUAAAGCCGAACGUUUGGUGAUGCCGUUGCUGUACCAGCAGAUGGGCUUCCUUGCAAAGGCAAGCAAUGUAUGGUGAUUUCUUUGUGCCUUCCGAGUGGUCUCUUUUUAAGUGUUUGCCCUACUGUUAGUUAAUUUAAGAACUACGCACAUCCAGUGAUAUUUGUGUGAUACAUUUUACCGGUUUUACAAUGGCUUCGUGGCCUAUCAGUUUUCCUUCUUUAAAUAUUAAUUUAAUUUUUACAUGCAUGGAAUUUAGUUGUAAAUGAGGUUUGUUUUCCAAUGUUACUAUUUUGUUAAUUUAUUAGGUCAUUUUUUUUGUUAAGUGAAGGACUCAGGACUGUAGGAUGAGAUGACAGUUGGCUUGAGAGUUUUUGUGCCAAUGUACAGUAUAGAAGAGGCAUCAGUUGUAACCUUAAGGAAGGGAAAAAACACUUUAUGAAACAUUCAUCCACAGAACCAAACACUGUUCACAUUUCAUCAUCUGCCACUGUGCUUAAUACCACCAAUGCAGAUUUUAUAAUACAUAUGCCAGUAUGUUUUAGUGCUGCCUGAAUGAUGACUCUAUGAUACUGUAUUGAAUAUCGAUUCAGAGCCACACUGGGACUUUGUUCCCAGUUACUAGCAGUCUCCAGCAAAACAGAUCAAUUUCUUCUAUAAUGACUUAUACACCAUUACAUUAUCAUUUUGCCAGUUUAGAUUGCUCUGCUUACAACCUUUUGCACUAUAUUUCCUUUGUUUUUUGUUUUUUUUAAUUAAAAGAGAAUAAUUCUAUCAUCUGGGAACAGACAUCUCUUUUCCAGAUAUUUCAUUUGUGAGCAAAUGUACUGCUUGCUUUUUUUUCCAUGUUUUAUUUAAUUUGUCAGGGAUGUAGCCAUUAUUUAAUUACCAGCCAUUGAAUCAACAAAGGUUUGGCAUUUGAAUUGGAUUGGGAUUAAAGUUCUCCUGACAGGAAAAUAUAUGGUCUAAAAAAAAUGUAAUAUUUUUGUUAAUCCUCAGGUUCCCAACCCAAGUCAUAAUGGACUCUUGUCAAAUGUGAACACUUGAGAAACUGUUUGCUUGCAGAAUGUUUCAUGAUGCUUUUAUUUAUUCAGUUUUGUGGAUCACAUACUAUAUGUAAUAUGUUGUGAUAAUUAAAAUGUUUUCUACUCAA